UUCCUUUGACUCCACCUACUGGUCCCGCAUCUAAUUUGGACCGGGUGCCAAGGUUUUUUUAGUUCCUAUAGUCGGAGCAUUUCGCUCGCUCAACGAAAUUGAACCCAUUUCUCCUCCGUUUCAUAUCAAGGACUUUAAUUUACCAUCGACUCAUGGCGGUGAACACGGGCACCUCCCUCGUACUGUCCAGUCUGCUGUCAGUGCUGGUGUUUGCCGGGAUGCAGAUGUUCAGUAAGCAGCUGGGAUCCACGGAGUGGCUCACCAUCCUGGGAGGUUUCCUGGGCUCGGUCCUCUUCAUCUGCUCCCUCACUGCAUUCAAUAAUCUGGAAAACCUGUUUUUUGGGAAAGGAUUCCAAGCCAAGAUAUUUCCAGAGAUUCUGCUCUGCCUGUGCCUGUCACUGUUUGCUUCCGGCCUGGUACAUCGCGUGUGUGUCACAACAUGCCUUAUCUUCUCCCUCUUCGCUUUGUACUACAUCAACAAAGUAUCUGCCGCCCUUUACCAAGCAGCUGUUCCUGCAGUAACGCCAGCCAAGGCUGCCAGCAAGGGCAAGAGGAAGAACUGAUGAAUCUUUUGGAAUCCAGUCAACAAGUCAAUAUUAUCCAGAUACUGAAUGGCCAAAAUAAGAAGUUGCAUAUUUUGUCCCAAUUCUUUCUGAAAUCCAUGACCCCAUUUCCACAGACUAAAAAAAAAAAAAAAAGUAAGGCCAUAAAUAUUGGUAAACAGCCACAUUCCUUUGAAAACCUUAGCCUCAGUGCUGUUUUUGCACUGGCUGCAAAGAGAUUCAUACACCCCAUCGUGUUAUUUGUAUAUUCAUCAGUGCAACACAAUUAUUUUUUUUUGUUUAAUUCAUUUUGUAAUUAAACUGUGCAAAAGAC